AUGGCAAUUGCAGUUGGAGUCUCAGGAGUGGAAGGUGCAACUAUAAAAGGAGAUAACAAGGAUCAAAUAGAAGUAACUGGAGAAGAGAUUGACUCAGUUAAACUGGCAUCUCUACUAAGAAAGAAAUUCGGUUAUGCAGAUUUGGUGAGUAUUGAAGCAGUAGGAAAGACAGAGGAAAAGAAAGAUAAAGAGAAAGCAGAGGCAAUUGUGGCAUGGCCUUGUGUAUAUUCUAGUGUUCCUCAUUACCCUGUGUAUGAGAUAAAGAACGAACCUUCUUGUUCCAUCAUGUGA